AGGACUCCUCCUUUAACCAGAAGAAAAAAAAAAGGAGGAAAGAUGGCGAUUGCCGGCAUUUGACCGUUAAGGGAACUCUCUCUCUCUCUCGCUCUCUCCGUCGGACGCCGGCGAAUCGACGCCACCGUGCCGUGGAUUCGCGGAGCCGGCUCGCCUAGUCGGAAUUCCCGUUCGCUUUUCGGCGCACCGGUGGCGAAAGCGCGGGAGGCGGAGAUACGCCGGAGAUACGCCGGAGAGACGCCGGAGCUCCGUCGCUGUCGCUUCGCCCUGAUCGACGCGGAGCUGGAGCCGUUAGCGUCUGCGGGUUCCGAUACUCUUCGCCUGGGAUAGGGCGGAGCCGGACGGGGUUUCGGCGAAGAUGAUGAUCUCGCGAGGUCUGUUCGGGUGGUCGCCGCCGCACAUACAGCCGUUGACGCCGGUGUCGGAGGUGUCGGAGCCGCCGGAGUCCCCGUCUCCGUACAUCGACAUCAGCGCGGAGGUGUCCGGGGCCGCGCCCGAGCCGCCGGCGGACGACGGGGAGGAGACGGAGGAGGGGGAGGAGAUCGAGGAGCCGCCCGCGGCGGUGCCGUUCUCUCGCCUCUUUGCCUGCGCGGACCGUCUCGAUUGGGCGCUCAUGAUCACGGGGUCGCUGGGUGCCGCCGCGCAUGGAGCAGCUCUGGUGGUCUACUUGCAUUACUUUGCCAAGAUUGUGCAUGUGUUGCACUUGGGGCCUAAGGCAGACCCCAACGAGACUUUUCACCGGUUUAAAGAGCUUGCUUUAUCUCUGGUCUACAUUGCAGUGGGCGUUCUUUUCGCAGGUUGGAUAGAGGUUUCUAGCUGGAUCCUGACAGGAGAACGACAAACUGCUGUCAUUAGGUCAAAGUAUGUUGAAGUCUUACUUAACCAGGAUAUGAGUUUUUUUCACACAUACGGAGAAAAUGGGGAUAUUGUGAGUCAGGUGUUAAGUGAUGUAUUGCUCAUUCAAUCUGCACUCAGCGAAAAGGUUGGCAAUUAUAUUCACAAUAUGGCUACCUUUUUGUGCGGGCUGGUUAUUGGAUUUGUGAACUGUUGGCAGAUUGCUCUUAUAACUUUAGCAACUGGCCCUUUUAUUGUAGCUGCUGGAGGAGUGUCGAACAUAUUUCUUCAUAGGCUUGCUGAAAAUAUUCAAGAUGCCUAUGCUGAAGCAGCUAGCAUUGCUGAACAGGCAAUUUCUUACAGUAGGACCUUGUAUGCAUUCACUAAUGAAACUCUCGCCAAAUAUUCUUACGCCACAUCAUUGCAAGCGACCCUGAGUUAUGGAAUCAUGAUAAGCCUCGUGCAAGGACUGGGACUUGGAUUCACGUAUGGCCUCGCAAUAUGUUCUUGUGCUUUACAACUUUGGGUUGGACAAUUUCUGGUUACCCAUGGAAAAGCUCAUGGUGGCGAAAUUAUAGCAGCAUUAUUUGCUAUAAUCUUAAGUGGCCUUGGACUGAAUCAAGCUGCAACCAACUUCCACUCCUUUGACCAAGGGCGAUAUGCUGCUUAUAGACUUUUUGAUAUGAUAAGUCGGUCAUCCUCUGUUGGUAAUAAUGAUGGAAACACGCUAGUAUCUGUUCACGGAAACAUCGAGUUUCGCAAUGUAUAUUUCAGCUAUCUGUCAUGUCCUGAAAUUCCUAUUCUUAGUGGAUUUUACCUCAGUGUGCCUGCUAAGAAAGCCGUGGCACUUGUCGGUAGAAAUGGAUCUGGGAAAAGCAGCAUCAUUCCACUGAUGGAACGGUUUUAUGAUCCUACUUUAGGAGAAGUUCUUCUGGAUGGUGUGAAUAUUAAAAAUCUGAAACUAGAAUGGUUAAGAAGUCAGAUAGGUCUAGUUACCCAGGAACCUGCUUUGCUAAGUCUUAGUAUAAGAGAUAACAUAGCCUACGGACGCAAUGCUUCAUCGGAUGAGAUUGAAGAAGCUGCUAAAGUUGCUCAUGCACAUGCCUUUAUUAGUUCACUUGGGAAAGGAUAUGAAACACAGGUAGGUAGAGCUGGGUUAGAAUUGACAGAAGAGCAGAAAAUUAGGCUUGCUAUUGCCAGAGCGGUGCUUCUAAAUCCAUCAAUCCUUCUGCUGGAUGAGGUUACAGGCGGACUGGAUUUUGAGGCUGAAAAAGCUGUCCAAGAAGUUCUCGAUCUUCUCAUGUUAGGACGUACGACAAUAAUUAUUGCUCGACGUCUUAGUCUUAUAAGAAAUGCUGAUUAUAUUGCUGUGAUGGAGGAGGGUCAACUUGUUGAAAUGGGGACACAUGAUGAGUUAGUCGCUUUGGAUGGACUCUACACGGAACUUCUAAGAUGUGAAGAGGCGGCAAAAAUUCCUAGGAGGAUGCCCUUAAGAAAUUACAAAGAAACUGCGGUUUUCCAAAUUGAAAAAGAUUCUUCAGCAAGUCACAGUUUCCAGGAAGCUUCAUCUCCCAAAAUGAUGAAAUCACCCUCUCUUCAGAGAGUCCCUGGCAUUCGUGGAGUCCAGCCCCAAGAUGUCAUACAUGACCUACAAGAAUCACCAAAAACCGGGAGUCCUUCACCAGAUCAAACAUCUGAAAAUGGGAUUUUUUCGGAUGAGGCAGCUAAGGAACCAAUAUUUAACGGGCAGGAUAGUUUAGAAAUGAGACUCCCAGAGUUACCAAAGAUUGAGGUUCAGCCUGCACAACGACAAAAAUCCAAUGGUUCAGACCCCGAGUCCCCUGUUUCACCCCUUUUGACAUCUGAUCCAAAAAAUGAACGCUCUCACUCUCAAACUUUUAGUAGACCCCUUAGUGAGUCUGAUGAUGUUUCAAUAAAAAGUAAGGAUGACAAUGACAAGCUGACUCAGGAAGCACCAUCCUUUUGGAGAUUGGCAGAGCUGAGUUUUCCAGAAUUGCUUUAUGCUGUUUUAGGCAGCAUAGGUGCUGCUAUUUUUGGUUCUUUUAAUCCUCUUCUUGCUUAUGUCAUUGCUUUGAUAGUAGCAGCCUACUAUAGACCUAGCGAGGGCCAUCACCUGCGGCAAGAGGUUGACAAAUGGUGCUUGCUUAUCGCUUGCAUGGGUGUAGUGACUGUAAUUGCCAAUUGUCUGCAGCAUUUCUAUUUUGGUAUUAUGGGAGAGAAAAUGACUGAACGUGUUCGUAGAAUGAUGUUCUCAGCAAUGUUGCGCAAUGAAGUUGGGUGGUUUGAUGAAGAGGAGAACAGUGCCGAGACUCUAUCAAUGCGCUUGGCGAAUGAUGCUACAUUUGUAAGAGCUGCUUUUAGCAAUCGCCUCUCGAUAUUUAUACAGGACAUUGCUGCUGUGAUUGUGGCUGUCCUCAUUGGAAUGCUUCUCCAAUGGCGAUUGGCACUUGUGGCUUUAGCAACCCUGCCUGUUCUUAUGGUCUCUGCUCUAGCGCAGAAACUGUGGCUUGCUGGAUUCUCGAGGGGUAUCCAGGAGAUGCACAGGAAGGCCUCUUUGGUUCUUGAAGAUGCUGUUAGGAACAUCUAUACGGUUGUGUCAUUUUGUGCUGGAAACAAGGUGAUGGAGCUAUACAAAAUACAACUACAGAAGAUAUUCAGGCAGAGUUUUCUCCAAGGAACCGCAAUUGGUUUUGCAUUCGGUUUCUCACAGUUUCUCCUCUUUGCCUGCAAUGCUCUGCUACUCUGGUACGCUGCCUUAUCUGUCAAGAAUGGUAAUAUGGAUCCGCCGACAGCUCUCAAAGAGUAUAUUGUAUUCUCUUUUGUGACAUUUGCAUUGGUCGAACCUUUUGGAUUGGCUCCAUACAUACUCAAACGACGGAAAUCUCUUGCCUCUGUGUUUAAAAUAAUAGAUCGAGUACCUCAAAUUGACCCUGAUGAUAGCUCUGCGAUGAAACCUCCCAAUGUUUAUGGAACCAUUGAUCUGAAAAACGUGGACUUCUGUUAUCCGACUCGUCCAGAACUGUUGGUACUUAGCAAUUUUAGCCUCAAGGUUAACGGGGGACAAACUGUAGCAGUGGUGGGAGUUUCAGGGUCUGGAAAGAGCACCAUAAUAUCUUUGAUAGAAAGAUUCUAUGAUCCAGUUGCAGGGCAGGUCUUACUGGAUGGGCGAGAUCUCAAAUCAUACAACUUGAGAUGGUUGAGGAGCCAUCUGGGUCUAGUUCAGCAGGAACCAGUCAUCUUCUCAACAACCAUAAGGGAAAACAUUAUUUAUGCACGCCACAACGCAAGUGAAGCUGAGAUUAAGGAGGCAGCCAGGAUAGCCAAUGCCCAUCAUUUCAUAAGCAGCUUGCCUCAUGGUUAUGACACGCACGUGGGAAUGAGAGGUGUGGAUCUCACCCCAGGACAGAAGCAGCGAAUUGCCAUUGCUCGUGUUAUCUUGAAAAAUGCGCCUAUAUUGCUGUUGGAUGAAGCUAGUUCGUCGAUUGAGUCCGAGUCAAGCCGUGUGGUCCAGGAGGCACUCGACACCUUGGUGAUGGGUAACAAAACUACCAUUCUGAUAGCCCACAGAGCUGCAACGAUGAGGCAUGUUGACAACAUUGUAGUUCUUAAUGGUGGACAGAUUGUGGAAGAGGGGACCCACGACACUUUGAUGGCCAAAAAUGGGUUGUAUCUACGCUUGAUGCAGCCGCGCUUCGGAAAGGGUUUGCGGCAGCAUCGACUUGUCUAGAUCUGAAUUCAGAUGAGUUGCGACUUAGUUUCAUUUGUAUAUUUGAGAGUUCCUCCAGAUAGCUAAAUUUUCUGGGGAUUCCCCAAGAAAUUAUGAAAGAAAUGUUGACACACACCGAGCUUGAGUUGACAAAUAGCACGAGGGCAAAAAGAAGUGAAUGAAAAGGCUUACUUAGAUCACUGUUUAUAGAAAUCUGUACAUCAUCGUAGGUAAUUACAGUAGUUUUUUGUUUACAGGGUGUUAGAUGUAGGAGUUUUGGAGUGCUGUGUGAUCGCAGUUGAGGACAUGCUUUUGUCUAGGGUAGAUGAAUAUUCUUUUGGAUCAUUGAUUAGUUUGUGUACAUGGGUGGAAAAGACUAAGUUUAAUCCUGCUCUGAUAUUCAUUUUCUUCCCAAUUAAAACACUGGCGUUUGACCAAA